ACUCGUUCCCUUCGCUCGCUGUAUUUUUUUUUAUCUCUUCUCAUCCAUCUUUAUGAAUCAAAAGAAGUCACGCAGCACCACUCCGAGUGCAUCAGGAACCCCCGAAGAUACCCCAACAGCGAACCCCUUCAAAUCAAAGCCGAAAUGAGUGGAAGUCUGCAAGGCGCUUGCGACUCUGCCGAUGCGAGAGAGAUGGUCAUGCCCGAAGAAUCAUCACCACAGACUCAGGAGCCUGCCUCGCGUGGCAUAACCUUCACGACUAGAAGCACCGCCUGUUGGGCGUGCGAAUACUCUUCUUGCGAAGAGAAGAGGAAAUGCCGCGUCUGCAAGCGAAAGUCAGCACAGAAUCCUUUAUCCGUCGCUCUACCUGUCAAGCUACCCAUGCGUGGCAUCAAGCCACACGUCCUAGACAGUAUCUACGACCUCUUUCCCAACGAUGAGGACGCCCAAGAGCACAUCCUAGGGUCUGCAAAGCAAAUGAAGAAAAAAGCGCCUGCGCGAUCCAAAGCUGGUGACGCCGCCGCACAAACAUCCACCUUUGGCAGUGCGCCUUGCAAACGGCGUUUCACUGAGCUUUGCGAACGCCCCGUGGUUGAGCUUGUCCGCGGGAAUAGGGAGAAGAAAACUCCAUCGAUUAUGGUCACAGCAGCCAAUAACUCAAACCCGACGAUGGAUAUCCGGACGUGGAAAGCGCUUGAGCGGCCGGUUUGCAAAGGCUCCCCUCUCGAGGUUUGCGUUCAGAAAAGAUACUACAAGACGAAGACGCAUUCGGAGAUAUGUCGGUGUAAGAAGUGCAAACAUUCACAGGAGUGUACGUGUAACCUCUGUCAGAAGGUCUCUGGGGUAAAUCAGCAGGCGAAGUUGAAGUUUGCGCCGGCUAUUGGUGACGAGACGCAGGAGGAGGAUUGGACGGACCGCGAUGGAAGCAACGCCUGCGAGCCGUACUCGAAGAGGCAUGAACCGCUGCGUGUACCACAUCGGUGCUGCAUCGCUUCUUCGACGGUGUGCGAUAACCUCUGCAACCAGUGGUACGUCCUCGCGGGCCCGCCGUAUCGUGGAGCCUGGAGUGCUCCAGCACCAGAUGCCUCGAGCAAUCCCGCUCGCCACCCAUCGCAGAAGACAAGCAUGUUGGCGAAUGGAGAGGCAGAUUCUGACGACGUCGCUGAACUGCAGGCGGAGAGCCACGCCCACAUCCCCACACACGUUGAUUGGCUUAUCACCGGGCUCUGA